AUGCAACGGCUUAAUUUAUUGGUGUCUUUGAUAAUUGCAUUCAUUGUCUUGGGUGCUGCUCGUAGCGAUAAUGUUCCAGAUCAAUUAUAUACAGAAUUACUUCCAGCAAAAAUACUUCAAGAUAUUGCGACCAAUGCAACCACUAGAUUUGAUACAACUUCGAGCGAUCCGAAUAACCCGCUUAAAUUUGCUGGGUAUGCACCCAAAGUUUGUGGCAGUAGUAAGUGCGCUCCUGCGGGUGCAACAUGUUGUUCAGCCUCUACCUACUGCGAUGCGGCAUAUCCAGUCUGUUGCAAAAAUGGUGGUUGCGCUCCUACGGGGGCAGCUUGUUGUAGUGACGGUAUUCAUUACUGUCUUCAGGGUUCAGUUUGUUGCAAUGAUGGAACAGAAAGAUGCGUCUCUCCGAGUCGACUUGACAGUAAUGGGCACUGUUGCCCGAUGGACAAAAUUCCAGUCAAUGGCGUUUGCUGUGCCAAGGAGUCUUACAGAAGUGAUGGUGUUUGCUGUUCUGCGGAUAAACCCAUUGCCAGUGGUAACCAAUGUUGUCCUAGAGACAAACCUGUCAAUUCUAGAGGCAUAUGCUGCGAGGAGAACCAGUCUAAUGUCAAUGGUAUAUGUUGCGAGUCGGAUAAGCCUUUGAAUGUUGGUGGCAUAUGUUGCGAGUCGGAUAAGCCUUUGAAUGUUGGUGGCAUAUGUUGCGAGCCGGAUAAGCCUUUGAAUGUUGGUGGCAUAUGUUGCGAACCGGACAAACCCAUUAACAGUUUUGGAAAAUGCUGCGAGCUGGACAAGCCGCUUAACGUUGCUGACACAUGCUGCCAACUGGAUAGGCCCAUUCUUACUAAUGGCACAUGCUGUGCUGAGGAUAUGAACGUUACUAAUGGCGUGUGUUGCCCUCUGAAUAUGACCGGUAUUGAAGAUCAAUGCUGCCCUCAGAACAACACUGUUAUUAAUGGCAAAUGCUGUUCCCAGAAUUUAACCAGCAACGAUGGUCAAUGUAAAUCUGCUGGCACCAGGAUACGUCCAUUAGGGAUAAUGGUAUACGCUGUUUUAUGGUAA